GAACAAGAGCCGAGUAUUGAUGACGACAAGGAGCCAGACUUUGCAGAAGUGCUGACAGAUCUACUUGAAAUGAUGAGGGCGCGUCUUGAUGGUCCUCAGGUAUGCCUCACCGUUGUUCAGGAUCUCUCGUUCUCCGGUUUGACCAAUGACCACUUAUCGAAAUUAAACAUAUCCCCGGCUGGGUCCCUCGAACUGAAGCCAAUGAGCGUGCUCGCGGAACUAGCAAAGAAGACCCAAAUUGUUGGGAAAGAUGACAUCUGGUCUUCGGAAAACUUAUAUCGUCAUCUGCAACGCCUGGAGACGCUCGUCCCCAAGUCGAAUGAAGCAGCUGCUCGCGCUUGGAUAGACGCGUUUUUUUUUCGUGUGUCUGCAAUGGUGCCUCCGGAUGAAAUGAUGGUCCUGAGCGUGGAGCAACAAAUCCCCCCUACAGCGGUCAAACCUUCCAGUUCCACCACACUUCAUGGCCUUAUCGAUUACACCGCUGCAACGGCAGUUAAAUCUGUUGCAGACAAAUUUUUGUCUGACCCAACAAUUGAAAGACUCAAGUCGAUGUCAGGUCUCGUGGUGACUGAAGCUAAAUCUUCGUCUGGGGCUCCGACUCACCUCCGAGACCAUAUACCUCAAGCGAUUGGUGAAAUGUAUGCCUGCGCGAAAGCCCUUGGGAAAUCUGUUGUCCGCGGGGCGCUGACGGUUGGAUACAGGUGGAUUUUUCUCAUCGUUGUCAUGAAUGCCAAUGGUGAUGGAGCCAAGUAUUGGAAAUCUCGUGGCAUCGGCAUCCUUACCACGACGCCUCCCGAGGACACAGCGAUCACAUCCCCAUGGCCCGAUGUCAUUGCCGGUAUUUUGGCACAUUGGAUGAAGCAUAGUUUUGAGGGCAUCAAGGAUGGUGAUGAUUGGUUCGAGGUUGAAUUGUAGUCCUUACAGCGUUAAUCCACUACCCAGUGGAAAAAGCUCCGUACCCAUAAGACGCCCCAGCAAGGCAUCGAAACCCUGGUGGAACGAUGACCUUACUAAGUCAUGAACUAAGACAAACUAGAGAAUCUCUCAAAGCGUGGAUCAAGGACUUCAACCGUCCGUCCAUUUACCUCGCAGAUAAAGCCAAAUCCUUACAUAAGGACAUUCGCUCACAAAUAAGAAAAGCAAAGCAGGAAUACUACCGGGAACUCACAGAGGAAGCCAACCAGGGCAAGAUGUGGGAUUUCCGUAAGUGGUCAAAGUCCAUCUUAGUGCGAUAGGGGCAGUCCCUGUGGGGUGCGUUACUCUGUGCAUGGUGAGGGGAUCGUCUUUCAGCUUCACCCCAGAAUCCUGAACAUUCUCCAUAGACGGGUUUCUGCGUCUGAGGUUGGAGAUUCAGCUAGGUGAUCCCUCUCCUAUUGGAGCAAGAAUUUGUGCUCAUAUAUUACGGGGA